GGCCUCACAACAUGGUCACACCUGUGACACGAGUCGCCUGCAGUCUGUUUAGUGAACAUCGCAACUGACUUUGGGGGGGGUUCAUCCUGUUUCAACUUUUCAUUCUUUUUUGUCUUUUCUUUGCCAUCUAGUUCUUCAACUGCUAUUAGGGAUGAAAACAAAGCGUUCCUUCAUCAAGCUUUUACCCUGCAGUAUGAGAACAGGAACCUGACUGCAGCAACUCGUUAUCAGCCCUGCCCUUCUGAUGGAAACUGACUAGCGUAAGCCGCAUCAGAUCUUCUCGGUUUCGCGGCCUAGACUGUAGCGGAUCUUCCCCCAGAGAAGCUUGUCCUCGACGAUCGUUAUGUCGUACCCUAGGACAACCAUGUACUGGCUCGCAAACCGCUAAAUCGCGCGUUCCUCACAUCCAACGGGACAGGAGAGCACAGCUUGCAGCUUUUCGGCAAUCACCGGCAGGGGAAUCAUCUCAAGUGCCCAACCCAUGGGCAAGCGUAGAAAUCAUUUACACGAAGGCAAUUUCACCAAAGGUUUGAGCGAGAUAUGCUGAUGCAGGCUUGCUGCAAAACUAUAUAACUGCUAUCCGGCCUCCCAAUGCUCUCUCAGUCUUUUACAAACCACAAGCCUCAACAAAUCAAGACCAAACAGUCUCUUUCCACUCUUUUUCCCCAACCGAAGCACUCGAUUCACCAGCCAAAAUGAAGGUCGCAACUGUUCUCGUCACUAUCGUCUCCCUCGCCAGCACCGCCUUCGCAAAUGGCUGUUUUUACUGCGCCCAGAGAACGGGAGGCGUAGUUUGCACCACUUUUGGCUCUGGCGCUGCCAGCCACGGUUGCGGCUGGUGCUGUGACACUGUCAACGAGUGUAUCACCCUGGUUGACAAUGGAGUCUGCAAAUAAGCGAGCAGACGAGCAACUUUGACGGAGAAGAAAAAAGGGAAAACAAAAUUGUUAGUUACGAGGCAACUGCGUGGGAGGCUUGGAUUUGAAAUCACGCGAAGGCCCCUAGAGACAGGAGUCAUUGGCCAACUCGAAUCUUCUCAUAGUUCAAUUGUCGAGAUUUAAUUGCCCUACCAACGGCUUCGCAUGACAUUUGUGCAUGCAUGCCAUCAAAUGAACCCUUGUGGUAGACAAUCAAGC